ACAAGAGCGAUCGAGGCAGCCAGAAGGGGCUGAUGUUCCAGCCUCUUCAGAGAGACACGAUGUUCCGGCGGCUCCUGGACUUUUACGCGAUAAGCGAUGGUAGCUCUUUCCUCGUUACAAGUUCAUGCCUCCGGAGCCGAAUGUCGAUAACGAAAAGGCGUGGAAAUACUCCAAACCGGACCUAGAAUGUCCCCCAUUGGCGAUAUUUACGAACAGAAAGAUUGUUGGGCACAAAUCCAAGGCUGAUUGGGAGAAAUGGGUGGAGGCACCUAGAUUUCGAAGAGAUGUUCCGCGCCGACCUGACUACGCAUCAGACCUGUCAACAUCGAAGCCACGACUAUUGUCUGUAUCGGAGCAGCGACCCUUGAUGAAGUCUGAAAAGUUCGUGUGGUACUGCAGGAGCUACAAGUUGAUCAGAUGCACGCCUCUCAAUCCCAUUUACGGGCUCCCGUGGCCGGAAGCAUCAGCGAAAACCUCCGAGGACCCGUCUGAUCCAAUUGACUCGCCUGAACUUGGCGAUCCGUCCACUCCAGCAGAAGCGCUCCAGCUUACAUCCUCCCCAACUCUAAAUGACUCCGCAGUAGAUCAUGCCAACGACCACGGCUCGGAUGAGAGAGCUCGUAGCUCUUCCACACCAGAUUGGCUUCAGCCUCGCUCACUAAACGAUACUGAGGUAGACGCCAUCGAAGUGGAGCCUGUAACUCUGGACAAUGCAACUGUACUAACCUCGGAUCGUACGAACGAUCAUGACUCGGCCAACAGCGACCAUUCGAACGUAUGCUAGCGGCAGUCCUCCGAUGAUGUUGAGGCCGAGGUCGAUUCAAGUACGAGAUCAGAUGACGCAGACAGUUUAUACAACUACCACCGCCACACUGAGAAUCUUCAGAAGUUGGACACAAAGUCAAGCGUCUGGAGUCGUUACGGCCGCCCUCCACUGUCCAGGGAUUCGGACUAUCAAGGUGGCAAUGAAGGUUGCAAUCAGGGUGAUGACUCCCUCAGUGUCGCAUCUCACGGCGACUCCGAUGCCUCGACAAGGGUCUU